GGACUCGGAGUCGUCGACGGUCAAGUUCAUCACGAAUCACGUCAGGCAUGUCAGGUUGUUGGCCAACGACUGGGCCUGGAAAGAAUGAUCAGAUAAUACUGCAGCUGCAGGUCAUGCAGAAUUUGUGUUGGUAGACCUAUUGAAUGAGAAUGGAAAUGGAAAAGAAUAAUAGAAGUUCUGUCACCGAAGAAGAAUUUUUGAGAUUGGCCCAGCUCAUCUCACCGAGGUACUAUUCAGAUUUAGGGAUACAUUUGGGAAUCUCAUCUGCUGAACUUGAUCAUAUCAUUGUCCAACAUUCAUCGAAUUACAAGGAUGCAUUGAUGACAAUGUUCACACGGUGGAGAGAUGAACAACAUCCAGAUGAAGAUAUCAGAGCUCUUCUUGCAGAAGGAUUAGAAAAGAGUGACUUAGGGGGAUUGUCCAAAGAACUUCUAGCUGGGAAUCUAAUCCAGAAAACAACAGAUGUCAGACAAACAACUGCAACAACUUCAAGAGCAUCAACUUCAACAGGAGCAGUAGACAUGUCAGCAACACCACAUACCGUCAGUGAGGAAGAACUUUUGAUGUUAUCAAUGGAAAUUGGACCUACUUACUACAAGAGGAUUGGCGUUAACCUGAAGAUCUCGUUUGUGACUCUUGAUAAAAUAAAGAAAGACACACAAGAUACUACUGAUGCAUUGAUGACAGUAUUCACAAGAUGGAGAGAUAAACAGCUUCCAGACACAAACAUCAGGGCUCAUCUUGCAGAGGCUUUACAAAAGAGUGGUCUAGUGUCGCUGUCUCAGAAACUGAUUCCUAUAGAUCUAUUAGGGACAGAUGCAUCAAUGCCAGCAUCACAGACCCAACCACUCACUCCUGACCUGGUUGAAAGAUGUAGAAAGGAGCUUCAAUCCCAUUACAGAAGAUAUUUCUGUAAGAUAAGAGCUGAUAGUCUUAAUCCACGUUCCCUUGCGCCGUGUGAAGACAUAUAUACACACCUUGUUUUGGAAGAAGAAGAUUAUCGCAAUAAGAAGCGAUCACUUGAAUAUAAGGACCUCUUCAAACUUGAAAUUAAUGGAGAGUUUCCAAAUCGGAUCAUCAUUCAGGGAGAAGCAGGGGCUGGAAAGACGACACUCUGCGCAAAGAUUGCAUGGGACUGGAUAAACGAUAGUCCCGAUGUUCCCAAGUUUGUAUGGGUACUUGUAAUCCCUCUUCGUGAAGUCAAGCGAUAUACAAUUGGUCAGAUAGUCAAGUCUUACCUCUCAAAGGACAACCCAGCAAGAGCCUGUCAGAUCACCGAGUACAUCCGUUCAAAUCCAGAAAAGGUAUUCAUUGCCUGUGAUGGAUUAGAUGAGUUUAGUGGCAAGGUUGUACAGCACUCUGAAACCAAACAAGAAUUAGCAGGUGCUCAGCCAGAGUCUAAUGAUCAACCAGAUUCAAGCCCAAAAUCAAAGCGACAAAAGUUAAUGGGGCAUAUGUCCUCAGGUACACCAACUGCCCCAUUGAUGCCAAGAGACAGCAUCUCAGAUGCAAGUGAAAGCACUACUGAAGAAGAUGAUAUCUCUCUAGUACAUAUCCUUCGUUCAGAUGAACUUAGCAAUUGCCCAGUGAUGGUGACCAGUCGUCCAUGGAAGGCCAAUGAGAUAAAGUGGGAUCUCAAUCUAAUGAAGCUGUAUGCUUUCAUUCUUGUGGAAGGCUUUAGUGAGGAGAAUGUGGAGGUUUAUAUUCACAAGUACUUUAAAGACAAUACAGUCACAGCAGAUCAGCUUAUUCAAAUGAUCAAAGAGAAUGAUAUCAUAUUAGAGUAUAUGGCACCCUAUCCUAUCUAUAUAUCUAUGCUCUGUCUUAUGUGGAGAGGACUUGAUGACAAAAAGAAAGAAUUGUUUAAAACCAUUCGAACAUUCUCUCAAUUAUUUCAUGAGAUGUUUGAAUUCUUAAACGUGCAUUAUGUCCAAAAACAGAUCAAAGAUCUAAGAAGUCUAUCAUUUAAUACCCAUCGCUGUAAAAUUAAAAAACUCAUGGAACCCAUUGCCAAAUUGGCAUUUACUGGACUGCUAUCGAACAACCUUAUUUUCAAUGAAGAAGAUCUUGAAGAGUACUCAGACUCUGUGGAAACAGCAUGCAAAGUAGGAGUGUUGUCACAGGAGAAUAAGCUCUCAUCCAUUCAUGAUAAGAGCAGACCGUUCCUGCAGUCAACAUUCUUCUUUCCUCAUAAACUAUUCCAGGAGUACAUGGCUGCAGUCUAUCUUGCUUCUCUCUAUGAUUCAGAUCGCAAUGAAUUUAAGAGGCUGAUUGAGGAAGUAGUGAUCCCUAGGAAGGAAGAGUUUAGGUAUCUCCUGUACUUCACUGUGUCUCAGGACAAAAAGAUUGCCAAGUAUAUCACAAAAUGUCUGUUACAACAGUACACCCAAAGCCAAGUAAAGACGGAGAUGAAUUUCUUGGUUGAUGUAGCUUUUGAGAGUCAGGAUGAAGAUACCAACGCCAUGCUUCGGAAUUCAGUAUCAUCUCUGUCCAUUGAUGUUACAGACACACACACUAUAGCUGGUUAUGCAUCCACUGGGAUAUAUUCAAAGGCGAUCAAUAUGAGAGUUGGUGUUUUGGGAUUUCCUAGCUAUGGACCAGGUAUAUCAAAUGAGGUUGCAUUGAUGAUAUGCUCAGCACCAUCACUAAGGGAUGGUAGACUGGAUGCAAUCUUUCACCCUACCUUGUAUGAAACUCUUGCCAGAGAAGGAAGGAAAGCCACAUUCCAUACUCUUGAGAUUUGGAAUGAUGAGCCUCUAUCAUCAGCCUCUUCACAUCACCUAGUAGGAGCUUUAUGCUCCCUACCUAACCUGACUAACCUGACACUGAGAGGAGUUUGUGACCAGGUGGAGUUCUAUUCCCAUCUGAAUGAGAAGGCUUCAACCUUGAAGGUCCAUACUCUUGUGAUUUGGAAUGAUAAGCCUCUAUCAUCAGCCUCUUCACGUCACCUUGUAGAAGCUGUAUGCUCCCUACCUAACCUGACUAACCUGACACUGAGAGGAGUUUGUGACCAGGAGGAGUUCUAUUCUCAUCUGAAUGAGAAGGCUUCAACCUUGAAGGUCCAUACUCUUGAGAUUGAGAAUGAUGGUAUUUUCAAUAAUGGCCCUCUAUCAUCAGCCUCUUCACGUCGCCUUGUAGAAGCUUUAUGCUCCCUACCUAACCUGACUAACCUAAUACUAGGUGGAGUUUGUUACCAGGAGGAGUUCUGUUCUCAUCUGAAUAAGAAGGCUUCAACCUUGAAGGUCCAUACUCUUCAGAUUUGGAAUAUUAAGCCUCUAUCAUCAGCCUCUUCACAUCACCUAGUAGAAGCUGUAUGCUCCCUACCUAACCUGACUAACCUGACACUAUAUGGAGUUUGUGACCAGGAGGAGUUCUAUUCUCAUCUGAAUGAGAAGGCUUCAACCUUGAAGGUCCAUACUCUUAAGAUUGUGAUUGUUGAGCGUCUAUCAUCAGCCUCUUCACAUCACCUAGCAGGAGCUGUAUGCUCCCUACCUAACCUGACUAACCUGACACUGAGUGGAGAUUGUGACCAGGAGUUCUAUUCUCAUCUGAAUGAGAAGGCUUCAACCUUGAAGGUCCAUACUCUUGAGAUUUGGAAUGAUAAGCCUCUAUCAUCAGCCUCUUCACAUCACCUAGCAGGAGCUUUAUGCUCCCUACCUAACCUGACUAACCUGACACUGAUAGGAGUUUGUUACCAGGAGGAGUUCUGUUCUCAUCUGAAUGAGAAGGCUUCAACCUUGAAGGUCCAUACUCUUAAGAUUUGGAAUGAUAAGCGUCUAUCAUCAGCCUCUUCACAUCACCUAGCAGAAGCGUUAUGCUCCCUACCUAACCUGACUAACCUGACACUGAUAGAAGAUUGUGACCAGGAGGAGUUCUAUUCUCAUCUGAAUGAGAAGGCUUCAACCUUGAAGGUCCAUACUCUUGAGAUUGAGAAUAAUGAGCCUCUAUCAUCAGCCUCUUCACAUCACCUAGCAGGAGCUUUAUGCUCUCUACCUAACCUGACUAACCUGACACUGAGUGGAGAUUGUUACCAGGAGGAGUUAUAUUCUCAUCUGAAUGAGAAGGCUUCAACCUUGAAGGGUUCUUUCCCUCAGAUCAGCAAAGGAAAUUUCAUGUUCAAUGGAGAGCCUCAGAAGGAUCGUCAAUCAUUCUUACAAGCAGUCAGUGACUUGAUAAGCGAAAUGGAAGCUCUCUUUGAGUCUCUGAGUCUUCCUUAGACGAAUUUGAAACUUCUUCUGAGUCUUUCUUAGACGAAUAUUUUGAUGCAUGAUGUGACUCUGCAACAAGUACAGUCAAGAUCUAUACAACGGCAAUCCACAACCAUCUAAUUGAUCUCCAUGAGGCAGUCAUAUCCUACAAUGGUUUGUUUUAGAGCUGUGAUAUGUAUGAACCCAUUUUAUUUUUAAUUCUUUGAAUAUUAUUAUGAUGUGAAACCAAUUUUCACCAGAGGCAAAUAUGAAUCAUAAUUUUAAUCCUAAAAUGACUGAUGAGCUCUUUCCAUCUGACUUUUAAAGUGAUAUUUAAGCAUCAGAAGUAGGCCUGGGACGAAUGUCAUUGUUACCAUUUGGUUAUUUUCUGAAAAAAAAACAAUUGAAUCAUUCAAUCAAUCGAUGUUUACUCCCAGGCCUAUUUAGAAGUAUCAUAACUAAUGAUUUCAUGCAAUGCGAGUUAAGAGAAUUAAAAUAG